CUCCUCCUGCUGAGCGGCGGACCAAUGAACUAAUCGGGGCGGCGCUCUCCGUCCUGGAGAGAGAACAACUCCUCCAGGCACAACCGUUAGUCGCCAUUUUGAGGAGCUCGACCAGCAGUUAGGAGACCGUUGUUACGCAGCACAUUUAUAACGUUUUUUGUAUUUUAAUUAUAGGGUUUGUUAAUAUAAGGAUCAAUGUCUCGAUACAACAAUAAUCGCGGCGGCUUUGGUAUGAAUAAUUUUCAGCAGCGCAGAGGCGGCGGUGGGCCCGGCGGUCCGAUGCGAGGUGGGCUAAUGGGAAACCCACAUUUCAGGAACCAUCCUUUCCAGAAUCAGAACCAAAACAGAAGGGGAGCAAAUAAUAACUUCAACAGAUCGCCUAAUCAGGGACCACAGACUCCCCAGAAGCCACAGUCGCUGCCUAUUAUGCCUCCGCCGAGUCCUGGCCCGGCUCUCACCAUGAAAGGCCCAAUGCAGCAGCAGCAGAAACCGGACCCGGUCCCAGCCCCAGCCCCGACCCCGACCCCGGCCCAGCAGACACCGACAACCCCUGCGCCUCAGCCGAAGAUUCAGUCGCCACCGCCGAAACCUAACAUGACCUCCCCUCCACCCAACGCUAAACUGGAACCCAAGAACCAGCAGCUGGCGUCCCCGGUAGCAAAUGCUAACGGACAGCAGCAGCAGAAGCAGCAGCAGCAGCCUCCACCACAACAGAGCCCGAAGCCUGGCCCCCAACAAGGCCCGAAGCCUGGCCCCCAUCAAGGCCCAAAGCCUGGUCCCCAUCAAGGCCCGAAGCCUGGCCCCCAACAAGGCCCCAAAGCUGGUCCCCAACAAGGUCCAAAGUCUGGCCCCCAACAAGGCCAGUCUUCUGGUCCUUAUCAAGGCCACAAGACAGGCCCUUAUCAAGGCCACAAGACGGGCCCAUAUCAAGGCCAGAACUCAGGGCCAUCGGGGAUGAAGCCCAGACAUGAGCCAGAGAAAAUGGCCACAGACAACGAUGCAGCCGAGUCAGAUGCGAGCCAGUCAAAGGCGUUCAGGGCAACACUCUCCAUGCUGCUGAAACCCGGUGAGAAGACGUACACACAGCGGUGUCGUCUGUUCAUUGGAAACCUGCCCAACGACAUCACAGAGGAGGAUUUCAAGAGGCUGUUCGCAAAAUACGGAGAGCCUAGCGAGGUCUUUAUCAACAAAAGCAAAGGCUUUGGUUUCAUCCGAUUGGAGUCCCGUGCACUUGCAGAGAUAGCAAAGGCAGAGUUGGAUGACACGCCAAUGAAAAACCGACCCUUGCGUGUCCGAUUUGCCACACACUCCGCAGCUUUGUCUGUGAAAAAUCUGUCACCGUUUGUUUCCAACGAGCUCCUGGAAGAAGCUUUCUCACAGUUUGGAAUGGUUGAGAGGGCCAUUGUAAUCGUAGAUGACCGCGGGCGUGCCACAGGCAAGGGUAUUGUAGAGUUUGCCUCCAAACCGGCAGCUAGAAAAGCCCUUGAUCGGUGCAACGAGGGUGUCUUCCUGCUAACCACGUCACCCCGGCCUAUUGUCGUUGAGCCUCUGGAGCAGUUUGAUGAUGAGGAUGGUCUUCCAGAAAAAUUGGCACAGAAGAACCCCAGAUAUCAAGCUGAGCGUGAGGAGCCUCCUCGUUUUGCUCGUCCCGGCACUUUCGAAUACGAGUACUCCAAGCGCUGGAAGUCCCUGGAUGACAUGGAGAAACAGCAGAGGCAGCAGGUGGAAAAGAACAUGCGCGAGGCCCGUGAGAAGCUGGAGAGCGAGAUGGAGGACGCGUACCACGAGCACCAGGCUAACCUGCUCAGACAAGAUUUGCUGAGGCGACAGGAGGAACUGCGGCGCAUGGAGGAAUUGCACAGUAAGGAGAUGCAGAAGAGGAAGGAGAUGCAGAUCAGACAAGAAGAGGAGCGGCGCCGGCGGGAAGAGGAGAUGAUUCGCAAUAGGGAGAUGGAAGAACAGAUGCGCCGCAAACGUGAUGAGAACUACAGGAUGGGCAACUUCAUGGAUAGGGACAGGGAAAUGAGAAUGAAUCCCGGUGGCGCUUUGGGCAUGGGUGAUAUGCCCUUUGGUGGUUCCAACCAGAAGUUCUCCAUGGGUGGACUGGGCUUUGAAGGACAGCAGGGAAUGGGACCAGCUUCAGCAGGCUUGAUGAGCAACGAAAUGCGCAACGAGCGCUUCGCCCAGGGUGGUCCUAGGGGAAUGGGUCCUGGUAACCCUGGGUUCGGCAGGGUCCGCGAAGAGUUUGAUGGUCCGGCUAAGAAACCCCGUUUUUAAACGCUGCUCUUUGAUGCUCCCAGCAGCACCCUUUGUAUAGAUUCUCCUCAACAAACAUGUUGAGUCGCAUUUCUUGUAUUUAAGUUUAAAUUGUUGCUACAUUUUAGCCUGACAAUUUACUCAUUUUAUGACGAAGUCAAUAUUUUCCUUUUUUAUUUUGUAUUGUCAGUAGUAUGGAAAGAUGGGACACCCUCGUGUGAUCGUUAGUUCUUUCUGACCCAUGUAUAAUUUUUUUUUCAGAUGUAUUAUGCUCUGUGAGUCGCCGUGAAGUGAUAACUGUAACAUUUUUCUCGACCUUCUAUGGCUAUGUUUUGUGCCAUACAUUUGGAGUCAAAGCAUGUAUUAUAAUAAAGAGACAUUGGUUCUAUCAGGACAAACCGUUAACAUUUAUUCCCAGAAGUUGAAACAUACAGUACGUUUGAAAAGCAACCAAUUGCCAACAAUUGGUUAUUUGUAAAUAAUGUGGAUACAUCUGCCACAUUAGGUCUUAAAGGGUCUAUGUGUUAUCUCUGCCGCAGUCCUGACCACCAGCGCAUGCCGCUGCCUGGUGCAAAUGCUUGCUACAAAUGUCCCACUCCCAUCCUUUUGCUUCUGUAUUUUCUUGCCAUCAAAUUCAGAUAACUGGCUGACACCGCCACAAUCGGUAAACUCAACAAAAAAAGUCUGUGUACGAAUCAAAUAAGUGAGGACAUGGCUAGUGCAUCUAGGCACAGGUAAGACAUUUAGCAUCUGCUAAGAAGUCAAGAGACUAUGUAAACUGAGACUCAAUUUAUAUUUCACUCCACAAAUACUGCCUCCCCUUUACGCUUUAAAGCUAUUUUCAAACUUAAGUGCCUGCACUGAGUUGUUAACCAUGUUUCAUCCAUUGGUACACAGUAACUGCUUUUUAUAGUCAUGCGUCAGGAAAGCUGAAAUACUACAUAGAUCCUUUAAGAAAGUGUGUGUGUGUGUGGCCAAGUGGAAACCCUCUCGUCAGUCCACAUCGUGCGUGUUGUGUGCACAUUUGGAGGAUAUUGACGGUUUACAUGCAGUCAAACAUAUGAUAAUAAAAAGGGAUUGCCACGGCCAUCCUCAACGGUUUUAUUAGCAAAAUAGCCAAUUCUUGCAGAUGGGCCGCCAAAAUUAAACUUCCUGAUACUGUUGGCGUCUUGGACCAUUAGUUGAAUGGAUGAGAUCACAAUUUCAAAAUUGGGCUCCAGAGUAAGGAAUUAGGAUUUCGAUGACCUUGGUUUGUGUUUGUACAUCUUGUAAUGUUAUUGGACAUCAUUGAGCUUUUAUCCUUGGUUCUUCUUUUAGCAUUAAGAUAGAUAUAAAAAUAAUCAAUCAAUCUCUAUUGAUUGUGCCUGAGUGUGUAGAUGUUGGCCAUGUCUUUAAAAAGUGUAACUGUAAAUAAGGAAGCCAAUAACCGUAACCUAUAUAGUUGGCCACCGGUUACUGUUUAACGAUUUAGACCAAUGGUCCUUCACAAGCCUGCAUGUUAAUGUAGCCAUAUUCAGUUCAGUUAUGGACUUAUUUUUGGUUCAAGGUCACCAGUUUGUAUGUUAAAGGAACACAAAAGGAAGUCUUUACUUCAUUGACAAACUUUUAUCUGACUCGAAUGCCCGUACCAUAGUUCCACUAUUGGUAAGCAUGAGUAAAUGUGACUUUGCAUGACUGGCAAAGGGCUCAGUUGGACUGGCUAACUUGCAUUGUGGUCAGUUUUGAAGGCAUGUUGACUACCAGAAACUAAAUGUAUACAUUUGUUCCAUCUAUGGAUCAAAAUGGUAACCUUAACAUAUUUUUCAAAAAUGUAGUAAUGGAACAACGUUGUGCUUCUGACAAAGCUAACCUUUUUAAAGUCAACAUCCCUGAUAAUGCUAAUGCUAUUUUAGAGCUAAUGUUUGAUAAAGCCAAUGCCAGGCUGUUUAAAUCCAUCACAAAACGGAGAGAAAACAGACCGAAGGUAUUUUGUCCAUCACGUUAAACUGUAAUCGUGUGUUUUGAAUAUUUCAUGCCAUUAGACUGAGGCAGCCUAAGGUGAAUCCUUUAUUUCUUCACAACAGAAUCUUGAGCAUGGUCUAAUCAAAUACAUAGACCGUUUCACUGGCAUUGCUAGGCAACAGAUGUGGUCCAUGUUCACUUCCUGUGUAUGUUUUGAUGGUCAGAAACUAUUAAUUUCCUUGGUUGCUGUGUGUGUAGUUUUCUUGAGCUGGCUGCAACAAAAACUGGGACACAUUUAGAAUGUUUACGCUUGAAACUGAAAUGGUCAAUAUCCGUUAACGUUACGUUUACCUUUUAUUCUCAGUGCAUGGCUGCAUCAUUUAUUUAAUUACGUUUUUGUUAUUGUAGAGGACUUGCCUUUACAUCAGCGAUUAUUAACUUAAACAACAUUGUAACUGUAAAUGUUCAAAAGAGCAUUGUAGAAGAAAAGGAAUAUGUAUCAGAUUAUUAAAUAUAAUACUUAGUUGCAGGCUGCAGCCCUAUAAUACAUUUUAAAAUGUUGCUGUUAAUUCAACAUGAAUGCAGUCAUGAUUUUUUUUUUUUUUUUGUAGAGCUGCAUGACACUAGUGUUGCAUAUCAGUCAGCAAACACCCGAUGUUGGAAAACCGAUAAAUCCUACUUUUGCACAAGUUGUACUUUGUACUGUGAAGAGCAUUCCUUGUGCUGGACCUGUAAGAAGACAAGAAAUCCAGAGUUUGCCCAAAGCAAGGUAAACCGCAUCAAUAUGGCGCUAUUGCAGUGGAACAUGUGGCCCGUCUCUGCUCUGCCUUUUCCCCUUUUUGUUAUAGAAAAAUUCCCAUUCUCCAGUUUGUGAAUUCCCCUUUACAUCUUGUCACUUCACAAAAGGAAAACUGAUUAUUGGUUUAAUAAUCUAAUACUAUUUUACACUGUGAAUUCUAAUUGAAUAUUGUGUUGCACAGAUACAUUAUGUAGCUGAAUGCAUAAACCAACAUGGCUGAAAGAAGUAUCUCUGUAUUUAUCUGUUGGUAAAAACAGAGCCUUACUGUGUUACUUGGGUACAGCCGGGGACACAGUGCUUUCAUUGUAUUUUCCUCAGAUAUGGCUUCAAUUUGUUGUUUUCACACUGAUUCAUAUCAUUACCAUUUAGAGCCCAUUGACCAGCACCUUUCUGCAUUUCAGGAUACUAUGUGUUAAGCUGUAGUUGCAUUAAUGUCCUCUGUGGCAAUAUUACAAGACUCAAGAGGCCACAAACGGUAUUAAAAGAAAACGGAACAUUUAACAAUGUUAAUUAUACGCCUGUCAUGGCUGCCUUCUGCCCAAGAUGCGCCUUCAAAACGGGGAACAAUUAAAGCAUAAUUGAACAAUUGACUUACCAAAUUUGUUUUUAAUGUUGAUGGUGAGCUACCCUCUGACAUUUGGAUCAAAGAUUGUAACAAAAUUCUGUAAAUUGUAAGGCCUGCUAUAUAAAUAAACUGUCAAAUUAUGAACAUGUUAUCAUAUGAAAGAACAACUUUUAAAACCCUCAUUAAGGGCUUCCUGCAGCUGAAAUUAACAUUUUUACUCUGCUGCCCAAUCUGGCCUCUCCCCAUGAAUCAUGUCAGUACCUGUUCUGAGGUAUUUUGACAUCCCUUUGGCAGCAAAUGGACACUGGCUUGCCUCAGCAAGCAUUUCUCAGAGUUGUGUGGUAGGAGGAGACGGGCUGUAAAAGUGAGUGUAAGUAUUCUUGUAUUAAUUACAACUUUUAAGAUUGAGCACAUUUCAUUUUAAAGUGUAAUUGUUUCACUUGAUUGUUAUUUUUUUAUUGUUUUUAUAUGGAAAUGGAGAAUAUGAUGAGAGAGAUGAAGCAGGGCUCUUUGUUUUUUUUUCCUGGCACUAGCUUGACUGAUUCUGUCGACUGCUGAAGGUGUAUUUACAUUAUGUGUAGUUGACAAAAGUCUCCUUACAACAGUACAGCUUUUGAAACUUUUUUAAUAAUGCUUACAUUUUUAAGACCAAAAAGAACAAAGUGGCUUUCAGUCUUAGAUUUGGAGUCACUUGUAUAGUGGUCUUUUGUAAAUGAUAAUUGUCCAAUGGCUGACUUUGAUCAUCAUUUGGACCUACAACUGGAUGACCGCAAUGCAUCCUGUAGUAGUUCUGUAGCUUUAAAAUGUUUUGUAGCAUUUCUCCUGUGCACCGUAUGAUGUACCCUGCACUAUAACUAUAAAUAUAAGGAUUGCUUUGUUAUAAAAAAUAUCCAAAGUAAAUCCUCUCCUUCAUUUGGCAUCUGAAAACCCUGCAACACACAUCUGAAGUGGCUGCAAAACGGAAGACUACAGACAUUGGUAAUAGAAUUGGAUAUCAUGGAGUGUUCAUCUGUAAUGUUGCGUGUGUUUGUCAUGUACAUUUUUUCUUUAACAGGUUUGACCAGCUUUAAAGAUUUGUGGCUGUAGUGUGGAAUCAGGAAUGCUUUAGAAAAGAAACCUAAACACCGGACUUCUUUCUUAAGGUUCACAAUAGGAUAGUCAACUUUUUCUUGGUUGACAAAUUCUACUUACUCUUCAUUUAAUGGACUGGUCCCUGGGGGGGGGAACUACGCUUUUUCCUGAGGCCAGCAUUUUUAUUUUUUUUAUUUGCCAUGGAAUGGAUGAAUAUUUACUCUAUGGUACAUGAUGAGGUGCCUAUUUAUCUGUGCUCUGCACAUUUGGCAUUUUCUUUUCUGGUUGCAGAGAGUUAGUGUGUAACUGGGUAAAACACUUCACUCAACACUGGCGCUAUUUUACCCAGAUGUCCAAUCACAGUGAAGGAGGGGUGGGACAAGCGACAACAAUUAAGUAAAAAUGUAUACAGCUGGCCACAGACCAGGGGUGCGUCCUCUCUCCCUACAUGACUUAGCCUUCCCUUCAUCCAGGGCAAGGACUCUACCUUGUGCCGACAUUUUUACUUUUGCGGAUAUUCUAGAGAAGGCUACAAAAGUAACACCAGAGAUUGUCCGACCAGUGAGAAUUUGGUUGGACAAGAACAUGUCGACCAACAAUUGGAAGGUGUCAGCCCUCAUUCACAACAGUACAAUAUAUAGAUGAUUAAAACUAUGAUGCCAACACAUUUACCUUUUUAACCCAGUGUCUCAUGGAUACACAGUUGGGUAAUGGUGCUGAUUUAGCUUUGUGGCAUUCUUCUUGUGAGGUAUUUUGUAACCCGGGAGAUUGAACGACUACACAGUGUAGUUUUAUUUUUUAUUUUUUGAAAGACAAGAAGAUGACUAAAAUGCAGUUCCCCCUUGAUUUAUUUUUUAUUAUACCUCGCCCAUUGGCAAAUGGCCACUGCUGCUGUCGGACAAACACAGACUAGAUCUAAUGGCGCAUUCACUUAGAACUUGUAAGAUCAUGGUGCAAUCAAAGUUAUUGUAAAAACUAGUGAUUAUUCAUUUAACAGCAAUUGAUCUGGUAAAAGGAGUUAUAUUCAUAAGCUAUUGGUAUGACAUUUUAAAUUUAUUUAAAUUUGGCCAUAUUGUCAAACAAGAAAUUAUUAAAUGUCAUGGACUGCUUUGUGCUCUAUUUUUUUUGUUUAUGCUCUAUUUUUAUUUAUUUAAAGUUUCGGUUUAGGCACUGACACCUUUUUUGAAAGUAUACUUUUAACUCUGGUGUUGGAAAAACAAAUGAUAUCCAACCUUAGCUGUCACAGGAGGAGAGCAUAGACUGUAGGCUUCCUUCAACCUGCCUCAGCUCCAUCUAGGCUCCACCUCUUUGCCCAUUUUUGUAUUAGACGUCAGUACUGCGAAGAUGGCGACGGCCUGACCCACUGGGAGCUGUCCACUUUGAGCUUCAUUUUGACUCUUUGGGUGACGUCCCAGAGACUAUGUCCAUAUUUUAUAGAGAAUUCUUAACAAAUAAGUUUAGUCUGGAACCAGUUUACAACCAUUUUUGUUUGUUAAUCAAUGCUGGUGUAUUUAUUUUUAAGAUUACAGCCAAAAAAAGCUUUAAUUUACCUAGCAACGUUCACCAUUGAGGUUAUUCCAGAUUUGAUUUUUGAAUAGCUAGUUACGUUUAUUUUGUAGAUUAAUUUUCUUUCUUUUUUAUUAACAAUUUUUACCUUUUUAACAUACAAUUAGCAACAUGAACACAUCCAGAUGACCGCAACCACAACACUCAAGACCAUCCAACAAAACACUAACAAAAUUGACAACAAACCAAGAAACAUGUAUAAAUGACAACACCAUAAGCCCAUCAUGCACGUUUCUCCCUAGCACACAACUUCUUAGGAGCCCUCCAGAAAGCUCAGGCAUUUUUUUAGUAUAGACAUCCAAUCUAGAAUAUUUUUUGACAUUUUUUUUCAAACGCUGCCACCCUAGCCAUCUCACAAGCCCACUCUUGAAUUGAUGGCACCCCUUCAUUCCUCCAUCCUCUUAAAAUAAUCUCCAGUCCAGAUAUCAUUAAACUAGUCUGGACCCAGCUUCUUAUGUGCUUAUCCACCUUCUUAGGAUUGCCCCACCUCCCAGAACAAAUAAUCUUGGGCUGAAUGGAACCUGGGUCCCUGACAUAGGUUAUCAUGUAUCCCUGUCCAAUAUUACUGGACCUUAUCACAGGACCAUAGGACAUGAAGUAAAUGGCCGUCCUCUAUCUUACAUUUUCCAACUAUUUAGUGUCUUUCAGACCAAUUCUAAACCGUCUAGAGGGAGUCCAAUAGAAGCGAUGCAUAAUCUUGAACUGAUUGAGGCGUACCCUCAGAUCGCGUGACAUGGUUUUAAUAUUCCUACAGAUUCUGUUCCACUCCUCAUCAUCCAGUGUAAUACUCAGAACCCUUUCCCAGGUCUUUUUGAGGGCUGUCCAGGCUCCAUCCCCCAGGUUCCACAUAAGCAUAGAAUAAUACCCCAAAGCCUCAUGACCUUUCCAUAUUUCAACAACACCUUAUCUAAACGUUCUGGUGUCUUCGGGGUUGAAGAACUGGAACCAAAAAUCCCCCGAAACAGAUGGCGAAGUUGCAAAUAUCUAAAAUAAAAAUGGAAAAAAUUUUCAAAUUGCUCUACCACAUCCUCAAAGGAUUUCAAUAUGCUACCAAGAUCCCACAGUGUGGCAAUUCCCUUUUCUAACCAAUCCUUGAGCCUUUAAUCACUUGUAAAGAGUGACAAGGAGAAUGGCACAACAAAAUACCUUUGGAGUCACUUAUGUAGUGCUCUUUUGUAAAUGGUGACUGCCAAGUGUCUGACUCAAUGGAGAGAUUUUUAACUGGAUUUUCUGACUAAAAUAUAACAUAAUGGAAAAACUAGAGUGGGGCGGAAAGGCAAAAGUCAGACUUUGAAACUUUGAAGUUAGUAAGACAGUUAUUUAAAAAGAUUGAAGUUGAAUCCACAGCUCACAAUUAGUAUUAAGUAUUUAAGCAACAUUAUUAAGCUAAUUUAGGGCUUUGGUAGUCAAAAAGAUGUUCUCCACACAGCAUCUGACAUUCUGCAAAAUAGUACAAGUGCUCAUUGACGUGACCUAAGUGUAACUUUUAAAACUUGUAAUGUUAUGUCUGUGUGUUGGUGUUGUGUACAAUUUGUUUUUCUUUAACAGGUUUGACCAUCUUUAAAGGUGUUGGACUAUGAGAAGGAACUUUCCAAACCAAGAAAUUCAAAGUCUGUAGCUUCUUUUCUUGUUAAUGAAACACUGUUGAGGACCAAACGGCACCUAUUUUUGAAAGAUACAUUUAUUGAUUUAUUACAGGUGGUGGCUCAAUAGCUUAAGGCUGUAGUGUGACUUUAUCAUUUGGCCAUUCUUCUUGCACAAAUAAGAUUGAACCGACUGUGCAAAGAUCACUAAACCACCCCUACUGCAGCACAUUUUGACUUUGUGACCUUUUGACACUGAAAUUUUUUUUUAAGACUAGUUCAUCAUCAAUAUUUCUUUAAAGAUAGCGCUUAACAGACUACACAGUAAGUACAUAAGAUUUGGAGCAGGGGAGUCCCCUCUGGCCAACACAUUUAGACUUUGCGUAAAGUAAUAAUAGUAUUUUUGAUGACAUUCUUAAAGCAAAGUUCUUUAGGAACUAUUUAGCAACUCUAUUCAGGAGAUUUUAAACAGGUAUGUCCACUUAUAUUGCCAACACAUUUUGACUUUAUUGGAGUAAAAAUGUGAACCAAACGUUGAUGCUGUUGGAGGUUCACUCCAAUGUAGAGGGACAGGGACUUGUAGCAGCAAAUUUUGAUGGCGUAAACAUGGAAAUCAAAGCUUUGUCACUGACAUUUUUCAAGAGAAGUUCUUUGUCGAGUUUUAUAUAAUGGCAGAUUUAAGCCCACUUGACAGUCUACACAGUGACCAUUUAGGAGUUUCAGAACAGGGAGGCCCCUUAUUGCGGACACAUUUUAAUAGAAUCAUUGGAGUAAAAAUUGAAAGCAAAGCUUUGACAGUGACAUUCUUUUAAAAGAACUUUAGUCAACAGACCAUAAAGUAACUAUAUAACGUAGAGGUUCGAAACAGGGAUUGUUCCUUUUGCAACUAGGCCUGGGCGAUAUGGCCAAAACUUCUAUCCAGAUAUAGGUCAUUUCAUAUCUCAAUAAUGUUAUAUAUCACUAUAUAGCAUGGUUUCUGCUAAUUCAAUAAAUCUAUAUGAAAUAACUGGAAGGUAAAGCCUAUUUUUUUGUAAACUCCUGUGUGAAUUAAAUAUGUGACAAAUUAAAAGUACAGAGCAUUUUCUCAUUUUAUUAAAAACUUAAGUGCAAAAAAUAUAACCUGCAAGAAUCAGAAUAUAAAGCGCCGUCCAAAUGAUAGCGAUAGAAACUAUAGAAAAAUAUAUGCGAUGGGACAUUUCAAUAUCAUUUGACGACCUAAAUCGACAUAUCGCCCAGCCCUAAUUGAGUGACCUUCUUUUGAUAGAACUUUAUAGACAACAGAGGUUCGGAACAGGGAUUUCCCCUUUUGCAACACAUUUUGACUUUGUGUCAUUGAAGUAAUAAUUAAAAAGCAAACUUCUGACACUGAUAUGCCUAAAGAGAAGUUCUUAAUCGAGAUUUGUUUAAAGGCCUCAUUGCUUUUAACCCCGUCAACACCCAUAUUUGUUCUUUUGUGGAGAAUUCCUGACCCUGAAAGCUGUUGGUAAAAACUGCAAGUAGUAGGCCUGACCGACCUAUUCACCAUCUACCUGAGGCAGGAAGUCCCAUGCACCUUACGGUUGAAGAGAGGAUGGUGUGUUUGUGUGUUUGACUGUAUGUGUCUGUUUUUGUUUGUGUUUGAGCGUGUGUGUUGAUGUCUCUGGGUAAAUGAGACGUGAAUUAGCUGCUGUCAGCCAGCUUAUCAAAGACAGGCCGACCCAGUCCACAGUAGAGGCUCUUCUCUGCAGUUGGGUUACAUUGGCGAUGAGUAGUUCUGCAGAAGUCAGUGGACAGUAAAGCCUGGACUUGUUUGCACUGCAGCCAGAGGUAUGCUUACACAGAUCAGCUGCACAAGUAAGGUAAGUGUCCCAUCCAUGUUUACAAUACAAGAUGCACAGUUCUCUCAAAACUCUUCUCUGUCCUCUCUUACACCACAUCACUGCUCACAGUGACGUUUACAGGGCUUCUGGCAUCACACUUGCAAAGAAUGGCAUCACAGUGCAGAUUUCUGUUCUUCAACCUUUUUGUGCGUGGAUGUAUAGCUCGUGCAGUGUGUGUGUGUGUGGUUGUAGUACUUUGGCUUCUCUGUAUGUAUGCAUGAAAGGUACUAUGUAUGGACUGCUGAGUCACUGGUUCAACACUAGUUUCUAACUAGAGGUGUGCGAUACAGUGCUACUGUCAUGAACACUAGAAGUCAAGAGAAGAGUAACCGGUUUUUAUUUUCGGUGCUUGAAGUAUUCAAGCAACAAACAUGUAUUUAGUCAUUUUUAAAGCAUUAGAAAGCUACAACCUUGUACAACAGUACAAAAUAUAUCAGUUCUCAUUCAGCUUGUGCUGAUUUCUUUGGUGAUGUUUGCUGAACUUUUUUGCCAAAUUAAAAUUAGCUUUGGUAAUAGGCAGGUUGUUUGCAACAAUGAACGGGGGGGAGGGAGUCAACGAAGCCCAACUCAUAGAUGCCGUUUUCUACGGUCUGUUUUUUUUUGGGGGGGGUAGUUUUGUCUUUGUGCUGCACCUCUUUUACAUCUUUAACAAUUUAAAUAGUGCUGAUCAAAAACUACAGAAAUGUAUUUCUGGUUUGAUACCAGUUUUAUAGAUUUGAGUAGCUUUUUGUCUUUUCAGAAAUAUAUAUAUAUAAAUAUAAUAAAUUUAAAGUACAGUAGUCCUAGUGUGGAUUGUUGAACCAUGGAAAAUUCUAAAAAUCAUUCAAAAUGUUAAAGAAGUUUGCACUUUCACUCAGUUAUGUAAACAUGGCAUUGACCUUUAGUAACUGACAAAACUGCUCUAUCUGUUGUCACCACUCCUGUCCUCUGUCUCUGGCUGUGAAAUGUCUGUAAAAAUGUAAACGAUAUGCUGUGGUACCGGGUUGGAUCUCUUUGCAGCUUUGAAGUGAAACGUAACAUACUGCUUGGGUUGCUCUGGGUGGGGAUGUAGAAAAUGUAUACUGCUCAAUGCAGUUUGCGGUUUUAUCCGUAGACCACAACCUUUUGUGACUUCUUAGGUUUGGUUAGAUGGAGUAUUUUUUGUUUAAUUUUUUUUGUCAUGAAAAAUGCACUAAACCCACACAAGUUAUGACUUCAUUUCCUGAGUUCAUGUUUAGCAGUUUCUCUUCACUUUCCAUACGUCUGUCUAUAAACUUUGGAUUUACUAUAUCACCUAGACCUUUCUUGGAGUCAUAGCUUAGUCAACUCUCAACUCGACAUUAUGUACAUUAUGUAAGAUUCAGUGUUACUUGCGCUUCCCAAGGAUAUCGCAUUUUUGAUCUCCAUCACAAGUGAACGCCCAUAAAUCUGCUUAGGAAUCAUAGAAAAAAAAAAAACCUUAUAACUUCAGUCCUGAGAAUCAUCACAUUUAUGAAGUUGUCAUAAGUAU